AGGGUAUUAAAACGCAGCACAGUCCCGACUCACCAAUCUUUUCGGAUUUAUCCUCCGACUACACUACCUCUCACUUACGAAGUUCCUUUUGAAAUAUUCUGCAUCAUUAUGACUCUUGAGGAAGUUCUGAUCCAGAAGUUCGCUGAGCGUGCCCAGUGCACCGGCAAAGCACUAGAGGAAGUUUUGCUCUCUGCUAAAGAAAAUGACUGCCUGACAGUUGGUGUCUACGAGUCUGCUAAAGUUAUGAAUGUUGUUCCAGACAGCGUGUCUUUCUGCGUUCUGGCCACCGAUGAGGAGUGGGAGUGUGACAUUGCUCUCCAGAUCCACUUCACCCUCAUCCAGUCUUUCUGUUUUGACAACGACAUCAGCAUCGUCAGAGUGAACGACAUGCAGCGCCUGGCCGAGAUUGUUGGGGACAAGACUGUCCAGCUUGAAGAUGCCCACUGCUGUCUUAUCACGAACCCAGUUGAUGGUUCUUGGGAGGAUGCUGCUCUGGAGAAGCUGCACCUGUUCUGUGAGGAGAGCCGCAGUCUGAACGACUGGGUUCCAGAGAUCACCCUUCUUGAGCGCUGAUCUGGGACUUGAUUCUUCUCUCUUGAGAUGCUGUAAACCUUCAACCUAUAAGGAAAUACUCAUCCUUUUACAGGAUGACACUGUUUCUCAUCCCUGGAUACUCCUGAGGAGGAUUCCGAUCCAGGCAGCGCGUGGCCGGCCCGAGUGGCCCCCGCGAUUCGUUGUCUCUUGUCCCGUCCAUACCAAGAUGACUUCCAUUCUUUAUGUGAAUGAGGUCAGGUAUGCCACGAGAGCAACAAAAAUGGCCCUCAUUCUUUGUGCGGAUGAGGUUUGGAGAGAAAGGAGAAGCGAGAUCUGCAUUUUGUGGUCCAAAGAGCAAACGUCGCACGUUGAAGCACGCGCAGUAGGAGAAGAAGCGGUGCCAAGAAGAAACGUUCUUAAAAAGGGACUUAAAAAAAAAUGUCUUCUUGCUGAGCAGCAAUAACAACCGUUGCAUUCAGCGAAAUGUUUCCCACUUUCCAGAAUUGUCUUAAUUCUCUAAAGGUUUCACUUUAGAAAUGUAAUCAUGACAAAAAAUAAUAGCCUUUUAAAAAGAUAAGAAUAAGUAUUAACUUCUAGGCAUAAUGCUCUAAAGGUUUCACUUUAGAAUGUGUUUAUUAUCUUUGUCAAAAAAAAGAAAACAAGAAAUUAACUUAUAAUGUUCUCAUUGUUUAUACUUUAAGAACAUUUCAUUAUGUUUAAAAUUAAAAAUAAGACAUUGAUUUAUAAUUCUUUCAAUGUUAACUUAUGAAAUGUUAUGAAAAAAAACAAUAACCUAAUAAAACUGCAUAUUAUA